CGACCGAAUUUCUCUCGUUAGGCUCUCAGGCAUGGCAGCUGCUUCAGCUAUACGCCAUGCGGUAAACCAUAGCAUAAGAACUCAGUUUAGAAAUCCUCACAAGCUAUUUUUCUCUCCGCCGACUCUGUUAAUGUCAGCUAUGGCUUCAGACAGAAGGUUUUCCUACAACGGAUUAAAAAAUUUUAAUGGAUAUGGUACCAAAACACCAUUUCUAAUUGGCGUAGCUGGUGGAACAGCAUCUGGCAAGUCAACAGUUUGUUCAAGAAUCAUGGAAAAACUUGGACAAGAUGAAAUUGACCACAGGCAACGACAAGUUGUCUGUAUCAGUCAGGACAGUUUCUAUCGAGAAUUAAAUCCUGCAGAAAGCAUCAAAGCUUCUAAAGGUCUAUUCAAUUUCGAUCAUCCAGAUGCAUUUGAUAAUCAACUUAUUUUAAAGACACUCAAGGAUAUCUUGGAUGGAAGAGUUUGCAAAAUUCCUGUUUAUGACUUCAAGACCAACUCAAGAAAAUUGGAUGAAUUUGUCACCAUUUAUCCUGCUGAUGUCCUGCUAUUUGAAGGAAUCUUGGUCUUUUAUUUCCCUGAAAUAAGAGAAGUCUUUCAUAUGAAGCUUUUUGUUGACACUGAUGCUGAUACUCGCUUAUCAAGAAGAGUUCUUCGCGAUAUUCGAGAGCGUGGAAGGGAUCUGGAGCAAGUAUUGGCUCAGUACACUAUGCUAGUUAAACCAGCUUUUGAAGAAUUCUGUUUACCGACCAAAAAGUUUGCUGAUGUCAUUAUACCUCGCGGAGCGGAUAACACAGUGGCCAUUGGAUUAAUUGUCCAACACAUUCGUGAACUGUUGAACUAUCGCAACGGCAACGGACUUCAGCAGCAAAGGAAUCGCCAGAUCGCCCAACAGCAGCAACAGACUACCCAACAGCAACAACAGCAGUCGCAAACAGAAGAGAAUGGUAAAAGAAAUCGCCACAACUCAGAUUCAUUUUUCACGCGCCCCCAUUAGAUAAAAACAACUCGGUCGAACAAAGUGAUCUGACUUCCUUUCCCUUCCCUAUUUUAUACGAAAUCCGGCACACAAUAUUUCUCGAGAGUUGUGGGCACGAACAACUUAAACUUCGAUAACUAAAAAUUUGCUGUUGUACAUCUCAUCUAGUCUGGUCUAAAAAGUUAAAAAACGGAUCUCAUGUCUGUGUGGUUGAGAACCGCAUCCGCUUAUCGCCAAACGGCGAUUAAAAUUCGAACACGCAGUAGAUUAAAUAAUUUCAUUGAUCAAUGGUCAUCGUUCACAAAUGACUCCAAGCGAUUUAAGAAAUAAUUUUUAGGCGUCGUUGGGAAUUACUGGUUUUUUAGUCAACGGGGUUUUGGCAUGUAGAGUUCCAUGAGUGUGUUUUCUUCCGAUCACUGUCCGCACCAAAUGUUUUUCAUCCGCUUUAUCAACGUUGUUAGGCACCCUUGUUCAAACCCAGUUCAACUGUUAAAAUGCUCUCGAUUUGAAUAAAAAAAAACUUUUAAGAAAUUGGUUGAUCGUGACCUAAUAUGUAAAUAUUUCGUUCGAUUACUACAUCUAGUCAUACAUUUACAUACGGUAUACAAUUAUAGAUAUACAAAGAUUACAAAGAACAAAGUUAUGCCCCAGAAUGGCUAACAGAUUUAUGUGGAGUAAAUUAGCAUUAGUCUUAGCUCUAUUUAGUAUCAAAACAGAAGCUGACAGAAUAUUCAUAAUCUGGUCCUAUAAAUAACGAAUAAAAAGGUGCACGUACUUAAUAAUCUUUUGUUAAUUGAUCCAGAAAAGUGACUGAUUCGUUUAAAGAAGGUCGUUUUGCUUCGUCUCGGGACCAACACAUCGCCAUCCAUUUGUAAAGCUGGCAAGGCCGUCCUUUUGGUUUGGGCAAAAUCACCUGAAUCGAAAAGGGCUUAAUCAGCUAGUAUACAUAUAUUUGCAUGGAAAAUUAAUUUUGGUUAAAAUAAUUAUAUAGUACCUGCUUGCCGUCUGCAUAAAAAAAGUGAUCGGCGUUCAAAAUCACUUGCGUAUCAUUCAUGGAACCGUACGGCUUCUCUUUCGCCACUGUGGAAAUUUCCCACACCGUUACAGCUAACAUCUUUAAGGUAGAAUAAAAUACGUUUUUUUCAAAAAAGACUUAGUGGCAAAGUUGAUUUUUUGUUCGCAUACCCAGACAGAGCUGCUGUAAGUGAAUUUGUCCUAUUCAAUUUGAAAAUUAAUGUUUUAUCGUCAUCAUAGUUCCUUACAAAUUUUUUUUUGUAAAUUAAAAUAUUUACCAUUACGAUGGUUUCCCACGCAAUCCAGCGGAUGGGAAGAGAUUUUCGUCCACGAACUUCGCCGUAAUCGUCCUUGAAUGCGGCGCAAAUGAUAGCCAAAUCACAUAUUUUAAUUUGCAAGUCGGGACCCACUAAGCAAUUCCUGGAUGGGCAAACAAAAAAUAAUGUAAACCUUCUUAUGUAAUAUGCAUUCCAAAUGUACUAUUGUUAAAGAGACAUUAUCAAUUUGAGUUCAUUUAUGUAUUCAUAAAAUGAAAUUUACCUUGUGGCAAGAUCCUUGUGCACCAUUCCUUUCUCUUCAAGGUAUUUCACAGCCCGUGCUAUUUGACAAGAUAGUUUGAAUACGCUCUUGUUGCUGUAAAUAAUCCAAACUACUUUUUAAAAAAUAGUUUCUUGGCAAGAAAUAAAACAUUCUUUAGUAAA